UGCUGUGAACGGUGAAGCGUGUUAAACGAUGGACGAAAAAAUAUCAAAGUCAAAAUCUGUGAAUCGGCAUUAUUGUUGUGUGUGCAAAAAUUACAGGGGGAAACUUGUAGACUGUAAAAAUAUAACAUUACACCGAUUUCCCUCGAACGUAGUUGUGAGAGCGGCCUGGUUGAAACGUAUCAAAGUUAUUAGUCAGAAUUUUAAACUGAAUGAGAGAGACGAUCGUCUAUGUUCUGCUCAUUUUAAAGGUGACUACGUGAAAGGCAACGUACCUUCGGUAUUCAUACUGGAUGAUGGGAGAGUCAAGACCUUUGCAACAAAUACAGUGGAAUAUGGCGAUGUGCCAGAGGUGAAUACAACAUCUGACCAGUUUGAGUUGCAGAUUUCAGAGGAUAUCACCAAUGUCACAUUUGUCUCCGAAUUAUCAAAUGAAUACGCAUCUGUUAUGCUUCAUGACUACUGUGGACCGGUUUACUCAAAUAUUGAUAAUUUUUGUCAGAACUUAAAUAAGAACGAACAGACACAUACAUUGUCUACACACGAUUGUUCAACUCAGACACCAUGUAUUCCUGAAAUGACGUCAGUUUGUACACAAACCUGUUCCAUUCCUCUUGUGGAUAUCACUGAAUUAGCAAAAAGUGGUAUAAUGAGGAAAGAUAUGAAAUCUGUAGGAAUACAAGCAGUAAGACCUGAUCUCGUUAUUGAAGACAUUAUGGAUUCUGAUGACAAAUGUAUGUUUUACACUGGACUACCAAAUGCUGCUACAUUCAAAGUUUUGUUUAGUGAACUGCCUGAUGCAGAAACAUUCACUCACAGAGCUGGCAGUGGAAAUAUUCCAGGUCGACCUAGGAUGCUAAGACUGAUUGAUGAGUUUUUUCUUGUGCUGCUUCGUGUUAGACUGGGGCUUCUAUUAGAAGAUAUUUCUACAUCUACCUGCAGUAACAUUACCAUUCAUUGGAUUUCUUAUUUAAGUGUGAAGUUAUCAUCUUUAACACCAUUUCCAUCAAAAGCUAUUGUACAGAAAACAAUGCCCAACAAAUUCAAAAAAAAAUAUCCUAACUGUCGAAUUAUAAUUGAUUGCACAGAAAUUUUUACAGAAAAUCCUCAGUCAUUAAAAAAUAAAAGUUUAAUGUUUUCACAUUAUAAAUCACACAUGACUUACAAAGCUCUUUUGGGAAUAAGCCCAUCAGGUGUAAUAACAUUUGCUUCUGACCUGUGGGCAGGAAGUAUUAGUGACAAACAACUGACACUAAAUUGUGGCAUACUGGACCUUUGCCAAAGAGGCGAUUCCAUAAUGGCUGACAAAGGUUUCCUUAUCUCAGAUUUAACAAUUCCAAGAGGAAUUAGGUUAAUUAUUCCACCCUUAAAAUACCAACGUUUCACAAGAAGACAAGUUGAGGAAACAAGAAGGAUUGCUAAUCUUCGAAUAGAUGUUGAACGAGCCAUGGAACGUGUCAAAAAUUUCAGAAUUUUACAAGGUGUUAUACCAAUUACUUUAGCACACCAAGCUACUAAAAUAUGGAAGAUUUGUGUUGGUUUAUCCAAUUUGUUGCCCCCACUUGUUCAUGAUGAAGAUGACUGAUUAACAUUGAUAACAUUUUUAAAAAUCUAUUACAUGUGGACAUGCUUCAUCAUUUAGCAUUCAUGUACGCACUAGUUUGUAAAUUAAAAAAAGUUCAUACAUGUAAUUACUAGUGAUGCGCAGUAUUAUCAGUAUACCUAUAUGUUAUGAUUCAAAAGCUAAAUAAUACAUAUUAGGAUACACCCCUCCUGUACCGAUACACUCGGUAAUCUCCGUAAACGUCCGUAGUUAAUCGGAAACACCAAUCUUUUGAUUGAUUAAUUGCUUUGACUGGUUCUUUUUAUCUACAGUUGUGAACUAUAGAACCAGCCGACCAUUGUUUAGUGAUCUAUCACUAAAUAAACUUUAGUAUACUGAGAUGAUGAAUGUGUUUCGAGGUUUAAAUAAUAAACUUCCAACUUAUAUGCUGCAUUUUAUUUAUUUUGUAAGAAGCUUUUCUCAAAAUACUGUUUAAACUGUUUUAAAUAAUUGAUUUGUCUUAAAAACAAAUGCAGUUGAUAAAAGUUACAAAUUGGGAAAUGUUUCUCAGACCCAUAUGUAGCUGCAAAUUAUUUGUUAAUAUUAAUUUCAGCCCUGAACACAAACACCUACGUGAAUUUUUUUUACAAGAGAUGUACUACUAAUUAAUACAUUCAAUGUUAAAUGUGAUUUUAUAUUUAUGUAUUCUAUUUAGAAAUAUACACAUGACGUUAUUAACAUCCACUGUAACUUAACAUAAAUGAAUAUCAGACAACAUAUAUGUUCUUUCAACAUUAAAACAAUAUUAAAAGAUAAUGAAAAUUAUUCAUGUUUGAAACUACACAAAUUAAGAGAAAUAGUUUCA